AUGCAUACCAGAACAACAAAGAUGUCGGAAAACGGCGACGUUUCAUCCAGGAAACCGGCGUCCAGACUCCGGUGGGACGUGUUUCUGAACUUCAGAGGUGAAGACACUCGCGAUACUUUCACUGACCAGCUCUACAAAGCGCUAGAUCGAAAAAACGUCCCAGUCUUCCGCGACAACGACGGGUUGAAACAGGGCGACUCGCUCACUCCAACGCUUCUCAACGCGAUCGAAGACUCGGCGGCUUCGAUCGCCAUUAUCUCCCCCAGCUACGCUUCCUCCAGGUGGUGCCUCGAAGAACUCGCUACGAUCUGCGAGUUUAAACGACUCGUUCUUCCCGUUUUCUACCGAGUCGACCCGAGCGAUGUUCGGAGACAGAAAGGACCGUUCGAAGAGGAUUUUCAAACACUGGAGAGAAGGUUUGGAGUGGAAAAGGUGUUGAGAUGGAGAAAUGCUAUGGCAGAAGUCGGUGGAAUUUCCGGUUGGGUUUUCGGCACCGGCUGGUAA